CCCAUUUUCUCUCUCUCUCUCUCUCUCUCCUUUCUUUCUCUCAGUCUGGCCCAAAUGGAACAUUUCUAGAGAGAAAAACUAAGGGCUGGUUUCUUUGGUUCAGUUCCCACCACAGCCUCUGCUACUUUGACUGUCUAGAGGGACAUUGGUUUCCCACGGAUGUGCCCAGAGCAAGAUUGUUGCACCUAUUGUAAGCACAAAUCAAAUGCCAUCCCUAAAAAUGAAGAGCAAAGUAAGCGUGAGCUGUUUAACAGAAACAAAGGAUCUUCAUGUGUGUCCAAAAUCAAAAAUAAUUUCCAAAAGCCCAUGUUCUAAAAUCAUGAUUUCUACUCAAAAGGCUGAAAUAGACACUACUGUUCAAAAUUGCCUAGAUGUUUCCUCAAGGACGCAGCCCAAAGAUGUUGCAUGUGAUCAAUCUGUUGAUAACAAAGAAUUUCUAGAUAAAGAAAACUCUGAAUCCGAGCAGCAAUUUUCUGUUUGUUCCUCUGUCCUGGGAAAAAUGGAACUAACUAACGCCUGUACAGCAAAUUUAGAAACAAUUUUUUCUCCUGCUUUUGAACCUAUUGAAGUCCAUUCACAACAUUAUACUGAAAAAGAUGCAGUGAGCAUUUGUGAUACAAACAUGGCGGGAGUGGGAGCUGAUGAGGGAAGAAGCAUAUGUGGUUAUGAAACAUGUGAUGUAUCAGACUUCUACAUUUCUGACAUGAUCGUUACAAGCUUACCCUUUGGGGGAAAUUCCUUUGAUGAUGAUAUCAGCGAAACCAACUGCCUAUCUGAUUAUGGAUCUGCUGAGCCAUCUAUGUUUACUGCAUCUGAACAGUACAUGAUCCUGCCUGCUCUUGAAGAUGAUAUUAAAGUUGGUACUUCUGAUAUCAUAUCAUAUGAAGAAGCCGUGAUGGUUCGAGAAAGUGCUAGUUUGUAUUCAGCAAUAGGUCAGAUAAGAUCCUGCAACCAGGAGUCUAAUGUUAAAAGUGACUUGGAUAAAUCAGAGUGCUUUGAUCCUCAGUCAUUUAUCAAGAAUUUACCAGAACUAUCAGAAAUAGAAGUAAAUGGGCAGCCAACCCUAAUUCCUAAGCAAUCUCCAAGAAGAAAGUCAAUAACUCUGGUGCUGGACUUAGAUGAGACACUUGUUCAUUCUACACUGGAACCCUGUGAUGAUGCGGAUUUCACUUUUACUGUCUUUUUCAAUUUGAAAGAGUACACAGUAUAUGUAAAACAGAGGCCUUAUCUCCACGCAUUCUUGGAGAGAGUAUCAGAGAUGUUCGAAGUAGUAAUUUUUACUGCCAGCCAAAGCAUAUAUGCAAAGCAACUACUUGAUAUAUUGGAUCCUGAUGGAAGAUUUAUUUCUCGUCGCAUGUAUCGAGAAUCAUGCCUUUUUUCAGAUGGAAACUACACAAAAGAUCUUACUAUAUUAGGUGUUGAUCUUGCAAAAGUUGCCAUAAUUGAUAAUUCACCUCAGGUCUGAGUGGGAAGUCACCAUCCUUAAUAAUUUCAAUUGAGUUGUCAACAUUUGAGGUAAUAAACUAGCUUCCUCUUCUUUUUUUUUCCUUCCCUUUUUUCUUUAAAAUUUGAACUAAGUUGUUAUUAAAUUUCUUAUUCAAGAUUAUCCUGUACUGAGUUCUGGUUCUAGCAAUCAUUUAAUAUAUCAACUAAAUUAUGAGCACCCAAGUGGCCUGUUGUAAUGUUUUAUCUUGAUAACUAGACCAUUUCCUUGACACUCACACACCCCUGUUCUUAAGGUUCAUAUAUAAAAGACUUUCUGUAAAUGAGGAAAGCAGUUCCCGCAGGUGAAGAGAGAAUAUUGUAAUUCAGUUAAACAUCCUUCAGCAUCAUGGAUUUGACUGUACUGCUAUAUACUUUACUAGCAAUAAAUUUACUUUUAUCAUCUUUUAUGAUGGUACGUGGGUGAUUAACUAGUAUCAUUGAUUGGGACUGCCAUUUGUUUGGUGUAUUGGAAAGAGACAUAAGUUAAGAUCGAGUUAGCUAUAUGACAAUGAGUUUGUUUCAAUGGUCUACAAAUGAAUAGGAUAUCCCAAGUGCUUUGGCUGGCAACCGGAGGAUUUUGAAAACUCAUGUUGUCUAUAGUUCUGAAUCUUCCUAUAUAUUUUUAAUAAGAUUAGAUGUCUUAUGCAGCCAGUAGCCAUAUUAAUGUACCCCUCCAGAAUAUCCACAUAUAAAUCAACCUUAGUGCAGUGGAGUUGUUUGAGGUAAUCCAACAGCAACAGUCUUAUCCCACCUGGAGGUAAUCUAUUUUAAAAGGACUAAAAAUAUUAUUAUCAUUAAAUCAUUGGUCUGCUACACUGGAUAUGAAACUAAAAUCAAUGCGACUAUAUGUUAUGGAAGGAUUGAAAGUUGAGUGUUUGUGCAUAUGGUAUGACAUUUAUGCUAUAUGGAUAACAUUCUGAUUAUGUGGUUUGUUCUAGAAGAGAGGCUGUGAUAUGAUUUUUAUAUAUUUCUUUUUAUUUGUCCAAAAUUCCUUUAGGUUUGAAUUUUAAGUUCAUGGACUUGGCCUGUAUAAAAUAGGUGACUAUCACUGCUUUGAUGAUUGUCUGCUAUUUCUUGCUAUCUACAUAUGCUUUCAUGAUUUUGCAUAUUCUCUGCAGGUCCGUGAAGAAAAUUUUAUUAGAUUAUUCCUCUAAUGGCUGUUUGAUAGGUAUGUAAAUUUUGAUUGCACAAGAGUCCUGUAGCCAUAUGUUAAAAGUUAAUUAUCCCGUCAUAAUAUUUUACACAUGUUUCACCUUCAUUGCAAGGUGGUGUAAAGUUGUAACAUCUAACUUGAAAUUUUAAAUCACUGUUAGUCCCUUUUUAUUUCCCCGUCCUUCAUUCCCUGGCCAUUUGAAAUUUUGUCUUUACAAUUGGCUGUGAUAGUGCUGAGAAAAUACAAAUGAUUCUCUGCUUCCUUUUUCCUUGAGUACAAAAAUUUGGCUAUGUAAAUUCUAGGAAGAAGGGAAUUGAUUUUUGUUUUUUUCUUUCUUAACUUUCAUCUUUAGUUGGAUUAGAAUCUGAUCAUUUAAUGUGAUAUAACGCAGAUUACAUUAAUGUGGUUUAUUUA